AUGGAUCUUUCAAGAAAGAAGCCAAAAUUAGAAGAAAAACAAUCUAGGUCUAAACAAUUAGGAAAACAAGCACGUGAUCUCAAGGAAGAAGAAGAGAAAAAGAAUAAGGAAGAUCCUAAGAAUGCCAUUAGUUUUCAUGUCCAUUCCAAAGACAAUAGGAAUUGCAAACUUCGUGUUGGUGUGAAUCCUGACUCGAGUUUGCUGAUUCGACAACUAGACCAGGAUAUAGCAAUUCAUUGUCUUCUUCUUUUGUCAAGGUCUGAUUAUGGGUCAAUUGCUGUAUUGAACAAGACGUUUCAAUCUCUAAUUCGAACAGGGCAAUUAUAUCAACUUAGGCAAAAAAUGGGAAUUGUAGAACAUUGGAUUUACUUCUCUCGUGAUUCCUUUCAAUGGGAGGCAUUCGAUCCAAAUCGUGGUCGAUGGAUGAACUUACCUGGAAUUACUUGUGAUGCAAGCUUCAUGCUUUCAUAUAAUGACUCUUUGGCUGUUGGUACUGAGCUUCUUGUUUUUGGAACGGACAAUUCAAUGGCUUGUAUCAUUUAUAAGUAUAGCCAUUUGACAAAUACAUGGUCAAUCGGAAGUAUGUUGAAUACUCCGAGAUGCUUGUUUGGUUCUGCCAGCCUUGGAGAAAUAGCCAUAGUAGCUGGUGGUCUUGACUUACGUGGCAACAUCUUGAGUUCUGCCGAGCUAUAUAACUUAGACACUGGAAAAUGGGAAACUCUUCCGAGCAUGAAGAAAGCAAGACAUAAGUGUUCAGCUGUAUUUAUGGAUGGAAAAUUUUAUGUCAUUGGUGGGAUGUCAGAUGACAACAUAACACAUCUUACAUGUGGCGAAGAGUUUGAUCUUAAGACAAGAGAAUGGCGGGAAAUGCCCAACAUUUUUCCGAUAGGAAGUACUCUACCAUCUUUUGGGUCACCUCCAUUGAUUGCGGUUGUUAAAAAUGUAUUGUAUGUUGCUGAUUAUGCACAACAGGAAGUAAAGAAGUAUGUUAAAGAGAACAACUCGUGGGUUACCAUUGGAAGAUUUCCCGAGCAAGUUAGCUCAAUGAAUGGUUGGGGAGUAGGCUUUAGGGCAUGUAGAGAUAUGCUAGUAUUUCUUGGAGGUCCAGAUCGUGGAAGAAUGAUGAAAAUUAAUGCUUGGGUUCCAAAUGAUGGUGCACUACAGUGGAACCUACUUGGGACAAAGGAAUCAUGGAGCUUUGUGCAUUACUGUACUGUGAUGGGAUGUUGA